AUGGCCCUGGGCCUCCUCUUCCUUGCCGUGCUGGCCACGCUCGUCUCCUGCCAGGACCCGGAAGUGGCUGCGAGGGCUGGGGAGGGCUGGGGUGGAUUUUGGGGGCUCCAACCCCUCCCUGUGCCAGGCUGGGCUCGCCCCCAGCCCAGCUCAGCCCUGCCUUGCCCCCCAGGGGAUCUGGACACUUACUGGUCCGGCACGGCGCCCAUCUGCCUGGGGGGCUGCAAGGGCCGGCACAAGGAGCUCAAGAGGAGCCAGUGCGGGAACGGCAGCUGCUGCUGGCUGGGCUACAAGUCCUUCUGCAGAGUGAACUGCGGGCGGCCCGAGGCGGAUUUUAACUCGGUGGUGCACGGCAAUGACUGGUGGGUGGGCUCCGUGGUGCGCUACAGCUGCCGGCCCGGCUUCCUGCUGCUGGGGGACCCCGCCAGCGCCUGCCAGCCCGACGGCCGCUGGACCCCCAGGCCCUCCUGCCUCCGGAUCUGCCUGCGGGGCCGCAUCGAGAUCAGCGAGCGGGACAUCACCGGCAAGUGCUCCUCGUCCUGCGGCAGCCAGGCGCACCUGGGAGCCUUCCUCAACCGCGGCUGCAUCAAGAUCUCCGCCUGUGUCACCAAAGUGUCGGGCUGGGCGCGCUGGUUCCAGCGCUGUGACAUCUGCGAGUGCGACUGCCACGUGCCCUGCGGGUCUUCCAGGUAGAGCUGGGCCACCCGGGGCUGUGGCCACUGGCCCCGUGCUGAGGGAGGCUCCCACGCUGGGUUCUGCUCCCCUUCACCAGCGUCUCCAUUGCUGUGCUCCUUCCAUAAGCUCUGUCUGUCCUGAGGCUCUCACCUGGGAGGGGAGGAGAUCUGGACUCACUCUCGCAGGGCUGGCUCAUCCCGGGACUCUGCAGGGGCAGGGGAUGCUCAGGGAGCAGCAGGAGCUGGGAUCUGUGUGUGCUCCUGCAGCUGGCCUUGGGGACAGAGGUGUCACCACCCGCUGUCCUGGCUGGUCCCCAGAGGAGGCUCAGACCCUCCUUUCAGGGGAGCAGCAGCAGUGUCUGUGCCUGUCCUUCAGUGCUGCAGGCUGGGAUUUCUCCGUGUCAGGUAAUUCCAGGCCCUGAGCUGAGGUGGAGCUGCCCUCGGAGCGUGCUGAGCCAGCAGGAGUGGUGGCAUCUGCCUCCUGUCCCCAUGUCACAGCCAGAGCAGCCUGGGCAGGAGUGCAGAGGAUCAAACUGCCCUGCAGGCCCCCUGGCAGGGCAGAGAGGGGAGAGGUCUCAUCUCCCAGGUGGAAAAUCUUCCCUCCGGGCUGCUCCACACUCUGGCUGCUGGUCCUGCUCCUUCCAGAGGGUCUGUGGUCCUGCCCUGAGAGCCCCUUUUCCCGGGGGCUUCUCCUCCCAGCACCUUGGGGCCACAAAGGGAGAGAUUUGGCUCCAGCCAGGAACAUCUUGGUGCCCCUUGAGGACAUCUCUGGCUCCAUGAAGCAGCCACGGAAGCAGCUGUGUUCCCCCAGGGAAGGAGAGGGUGGUCUGGAGCACAUGUGAAGGCAUUGCUGGGGCGCUGGAGGACCAGCCACGGGUCAUUAAAAAUACAUUUGCAGGCAAUCACACAGGUUUUCCUGUCAUGCCAAGAGGUUCUGCUGCCUGCUCUGCCCCUGCAGCCCUGAGCACAGAUGACAGAACCGGGACAGGCUCCCUGUGCCACUGUCCUGAGCAAGUGAGCCACCAUGGGGACACAGCUAUGGACAAGGCCACGUUAGGAAGGUCCCAGGUGGGGAUUGGAGGGAUGUGAAUGUGUCCCAAGGCACUGGGCUCCAUCCCUGCUUCCUGACACCUCGAAAUGACUUCCCAGCAGCUGCUGGUUGCUCCAUGGCCACCAGCUGGGGCCCAGCUGAGCAGAAAGGGGUUUAACAUCAAUGGGGGCAUUCCCAGACCCUCCUUCUGUCCCCUGCAGGGAGCAAAGGCUGUUUGGCACUGCACAGAGCAGGCCUGGGCUGGGACCUGCUGAUGGGAGCGCCCCAGGGAUGGGAGGCAGCUGUGUGCAGAGAGAGCUGCGUGAGUCCCACGAGCCUUUUGCUCCAUGACAAGAUGAGUUGAGAUCUCCACGAGGAGCUUGGCUCCAUGGAUAACUCCUCAAGCUCUCCCCUGGCCCAGCCCCCUGGAUGCUGCCCUGGGACCUGUCCCAGCC